CCCUUCGAGCGAAACCGCGAGCGAAAUCGUGAGCGCGAUCGCGACCGACGAAGGAAUCGUCACGAAUUGUUCCCAUUUUCGCUGCGGUCACUUUCCAGCGUUCGUUAAUUGCAAGCGCCCGCGCCCUCUCUCGUCAUCUGCUGUCGCGUCGGGAUUGAUGCGGAUGGCAUGGAGAUUGCGCAUUGAUCGCUCGGGAUUCCUCUGCCAGAGAUCAAGGUCAAGAUCCCUCUCUCCAUUCUCUCUCCCCGUUCUCUCUUCCGGAGAGGGGCAUAGGCCACGUAGAGUUCUCAAUUGGGUCCUUUCUAAUUCCUCCGCAUUAGAUACAGAGCGUGCCCGGAGUCAAAGCACGGGCUCUCCGAUCAGAUAGAUUUGCAAUUUACCCAGACGACGGGAUUUUUGCUGUCUCCCCAUUUCUUCCAAUCUCUUUCUUCUGCUUCUUCCUCUACAUCUCCUCUCCCCCAGAUGCUUCCGUAUAAUCUAAUAACAUCGUAUUUCAAUCUUUUAAUUGGGAUUCUCGUUGCUCCUUCUUCUUCCGUCCCCGGGGCGAUUCUCGUCUGCAUUCAUCUACCGUGCGCAUCUCGGCGAUGUUGUUCCGAGCCUAUGUUGUAGCCCUUGCUUCUUUCAUCCCGUCCGGUCCCGACCCCAGUGUGAGAGAGAGGCUUUGAGCUUUCUGAAGCUUUUGAGAAUAUUGAGAGGCGAGUUAGAUAGUGAGGUGAAUUGUUACGACUCCUAGACAGAAGAGUAGCGGGAUCUAGAGUUGUUGGUUGGAUGGUUGUCGUGGAGUCGAUUGGUAUGGGGACGACCGGGUCGCAGCUUCCUAUAAUUAUGAGGGGUUGCUGCAAUACGAUCAUGUGAGAAGUCUCUCGUGGAAGAUUUCUCACGUGUUUUUCGAAUCAUUAAGAGUUUCUUCGUGGUAGCGUUUGUCGCGAAUCAGGCUGUCAGUUCUGAGGGUAGAGUCGGCUGAGGCGAGAAGCAUCAGAUUUCUGUCGACAUGAUGUUGUCGUCCUCACUCACCGAAAGUGUGCAGCAUCUGGUGUUCCACGCGUCCCGAACUUCGUCUUCCCUCGUUCGUCUGUUGUCGUCAUCGUCUAUGCUGCUCGGGCCGAGCGGGGAAGUGGCUUAGUGGAAUCGGUGUGUGUGGCUCGGAGAUGGCAUGGACCAGUGUUGAGCAUCACGUUUUCUCAGAUCGGUGGAGGGUGUCAUCCCUAGUUUGGGCGUUCGUGCAGUUGGUUCUGAGCUUCAUCGUCCUACUAUGCGCGCUCAUAUCAAUCGCCACCACCAAACUCAUCAGGUCGUCGGGUCUAUGUCUCUCCUGCCACUCAUGCGAAGUCGACCACCGUGGCAAGAAACAAGAAGAAGUCGAGGCCGCCGCCCCUGCUUCGCAGAAGCUCGACCUCUGUCAAAAGCGCCGUCAAAACUCGGAUGACAUGAGCCUUAUCUGCGAGAAUUGCACGGCUCAGCUCUCCGAUUGCUCGUGCUGCGCCGCGCCUCCCCCUGCUAAAUCUUCCUCCAAGCGACCUCCCGCUGCCACUGCCCAGCUCCACCACCACGAUGGCUCGCCGCUCGCUUCCUCGUCCUUCGAGCUCUGGCCCGACGACGAGGACGAGGACGACGUCGGCCGCAGCUCUCGACGGACGGCCAGCUUUUCGUCGGCCGACGAUGCGAGCGUGAGGAACGCGGAAUCGUGCGGCAGCGAGUGCCGCCUCUGCAGCUUGGCCAUGAGCGGCAGCUGCAGCGGGGGCGACCCCAACGAGGCGCCGAUGGCGUCGUCGACGUCGACCUCGGGCGCGUUCGGGCGGCCUCUGAAGCGCAAAUUCGCCAAGGUCUUCCCCGACAAUUGCAGGGCGGGCUCGCCGCGCGAUCUGGUGCAGGGAUUGGCCGAGGAGGAGCGGGAAGCGUCGUCCGUCGGGAUCGGCAAGAAGGCGCCUGCUGCGGGAGGCAUUCUGCUGCACCUCGAGCAGCAGCAGCAUCGGUGUCAGGAGCAUCGGCUGGAGAGCAGGUACGAGGCCGUAGGGGCGACAUCGAUCACGCUGUCGCCGGACGAGAUCGUGGUGGACGACGCGAGCGAGGAGGAGGAUGGCGACCAGCUGUCGAUGAUGCGCAAGCAGUUCGUUGUGUCAGACGCCGAGGACGCCGAUAACUUGAGAAAAGCGAGUUGGGAAGAAUCUUCGGGAAAUUCGUCGCAAGAUAGUUUUCCUUGCGUGAGACGCCUUCCGGUAAAUUAUGGAAGGAGUGCGGAGGAGUCUAAUGGGAACAGGAAAGGAGAAGGCGUGUCGGGCGAUGCGCGCCUUCAGUUUGCCAGGAAAGGAGGCGAUCGAGAGCGCGAGCGCGAGCGCGAGCGAGGCGACGUAACUCCCGAAUGGAGCGGGGGUUACGAGGCCUCUGCUCAUUCCUUCGAUGAAAUGGGAGGAAGCUCCGUCGCGAACCAGGGCGACGAUGAGCAAAUGGAGUACAGCGGCAUGAAAGAGCUGAAAGAUGCACUUCAGGCAGAGCGCAAGGCGCUGGCGGACCUGUACAACGAGCUGGAGCAGGAGCGCAGCGCUUCGGCCACUGCCGCGAAUGAGGCCAUGGCGAUGAUCACUCGUCUGCAGGAGGAGAAAGCCGCGGCCCAGAUGGAAUGUCGGCAGUAUCAGAGGAUGGCGGAGGAGAAGCAGCAGUACGAUCAGGAGGCUAUCGCUCUUCUUCAGGACAUUCUCGUCCGGCGCGAUAAGGAGAUGUUCAAUCUGGAGGAGGAGGCGAAGCUCUAUCGCCAGAGACUGCUGUCCCUGACGAUGGACGAGCUGGACAGGGCUAACGUCGACGCAUCGGGCGGUGCCAACAAGAAGAGUGACUUCUUACUGAUCGAGAGGGAAACGCUGCUGCUCGAGGGCAAUGACGACUGGAAGAAUCCGACCAACAGAAAGGAUAGCCGCGAGGAGAGGCUGCUCGCCGAAAUCAAGGACUGGGUGACCGCGGCCAACGAGAAGGUCAGUGCCAGGGCUCUCCCCGCGCCGGUUCCUGCAAUCAAAGAGGAGGAGGAGGAGAGCGCGGAGAAAUCACAACUGUCUCGGAAGAUAAGCAAUCUGUCAAUUGAAUCCGGUCGACUGCCGAAGAAUUUGCUGGAAUCGUUCAGUUCCGUCGGCGGAGACGAGGAGAGUCAACGAGACGGCGCGGCCAGUGAAGCCGGUGGUGGUAUGAGUGAAGCCGGAAGCGAGGAGACUGCAGGCCGGAACGAAGAUGCCGUCGGGUACGAAUCGUUCCACUGUAUGAUGGACUCUCUGAGGAAGGAGCCGAGACUGCGAGAUGAAGCAUCCUUGGAGACUCUGAACAAAAUCGAGAAGAAAUUCCAGAUCCAAAGCAGAAAGGGUAAGGUUAGGAACGAAGAUGAUCUGAGAAGAAUCUGGAAGAAUACCUUGAGGAGUUUUGGACCUGCUGCAGGUGAGAAUGCCGCGAACGGAGUGUUGAACAAGCAAGACUCGAAAGGACAAAUUCAAAAUGUAUCCUUGAAGAAAUCCUCUGACAGGAGUGGCCUCAUGUCAGGAAUUGUUCGGGACGCCGAAGCCAACCGAGCGAUGGAACAGAAAAGAAUAUCAGUUCUAGAGUACGUUUGGAAGUUCGAGGAGCAGCUUCAUCAGGGCGGGCCGAAGAAACCUGCAGUACAGCUUGGUCGUGCUACUAGUUCGAGCGACAUCAACAACAAACCUGAAAAGUUAGGGUCAUUAACUUCGGAUUCAGGACUUGACGACCAAUCCGGAACCAAGGGAGCUCUGGUGGAUUUUUCUGCAGCUGAACCCGACCGCGAGAAAUCUAAAAGACCCUCUCCUGGUGAUGGCAGCAGAGUACCACCGGUCGUAUCGAGAUUCCGCAGACAUGCCAGCGAAGGAGAUCGAUUUCACGUAAGAGGUGAAGUCCUCUCUUCUCCCAGAAAUGAAGCAAGGUGCGAAAGGCCAUUCGGACAUGAAGACGAUGAAUCAAGUGAAGGUUCGCUUGUCCAUGAUGUGUACGAGGUCCAACGAGAUUCGCUGGAAACAUCUACGCCCAAGAGAGGUGAGACGCUUUACAAUGAAGAACUCAGGAAGUCUGCGUUCUCUACAUCUAACAAGCAGUUGCGCGGGGAGUCUGCAUAUCCCCUAGAAAACGAGUACAUGGAGUUCCUUGGGGACAACGGUGACCGUCUUGGGAAGCCUGAUCCCUUACCUGGAUAUUCCCCGUCGGACCGCGAAGCUAGUGGCAAAGGAAGACCUCAAUCUCAGACCGCACCAGGACGUUAUGUUACUACUACUUUGCUGGAAGAUGAAGCUUUGGACCAGGACUACGAGUGGCCAGCAACUUCUACAUCAGGUCGUGAUCAAGCAGCGAGGGAGAGGACCUCUGUGACUCCGUCUCCGAACAAGAUGGGCGAUGUUGUGGACCAGUUGACUGUCAGGCUGAAGAAUCUCGAGGCUGAUCGACAAACGAUGCAACAAACGAUCACUUCCUUGAGAACAGAAAAUGGUGAAAUGCAACUGCUCCGAGAAAUUGCUCAACAGCUGCGGGAGUUACGAGGAAUAGAUCAGAAAGCUAUGAAUUCUACAGAACCAUCGGAGCCCACACUUGCAUCCGCUAUUAAGGCAACACCAGCACAGAGGGGAAGGUGGUUCUUUGGACGCCUUAUGGAAGCCUUCUGAUCAGUAACGAAGACAAAACCAGAUAAGUGAGAGGUCUGGCAGUAAGUUACGAUAGGUCAUGGUGGUUGGAGUUGAGCCCAGACAAUAAACUACGCAGUCGUGUGAGCAUCCUCAUGAAGGGCUUGUUGUCAGGAUGACCGACUUCCGCCAUGCAAUCUGGGCAUAGAAUAAUUGCCGCAUUGACACGGCAAAGCGACGUUUCUCUUAUGUAUCGCAGAUGGACCUACGUAUUUUCAGAAUUUUACAUCAAUAAAACUGCAGAUCUAAUGUCUGAAUCAAUUACAAGUAUUACCUUGUUCACCGCGUUCUCGUACAAUUCUGGUACUAAAGGGUAGAUAGUGAAAUAACAUCGAUUUGACUUAGUCCAUUUCCCUUCCCGUUGAGAAGCAGAACACUUCGCUCGUUUUGUUUUUUCUAAGAUUAGGAGCACGUCAUGUCUAGUAAUUCUUCGACAAGUCUCGACAUCUGCCUGUUUGAGGUGUUCAUAUCUUUUGAAAUCCGUACCGACCUUUUUCAAUGUUUCUGCACUUUCGUCGUGAGGCUUUUCGAUUUCUCAGUAUGUUUUGGAGUUUUCUAUUUUACUAAGAUUGCUUUCACUUGCAUUGCUUUGCUCUCUUCCAGCGAUGGUCAGAGGCCAACUAGUUGACUUCGCAGUUUGUCUAGAACUGAGCAAUUGCAAAUUUGGUAUUAACUGUUGACAGGAUUAUUAACUUAUGUUACGUUUUUGUCUGGUUUUUUAAGGGGAUGUUGUCCUUCUCUCGCUUGCGCUGCUCAGUGCAGACCCAGUUAAACAAACUGGCACGAGUGUUUCUAAGAAACGUCGAACUUGGAGUCUGCCAUGGAGAUCAACAUGUAGGACUUUGCCGUCUUCUACAAAUCUCUCCUCCACGAUCCAUGCGUGUAACGCGGGUGACCGAAGCAACGGCCGAAGAUAUCGUUUUGAAUGGCCCUCAAGAGGGACCAUUGCAGACAGCAGCACCGCGGCCAAGCACUCUGCUGACUCAGCAGACUUGGCCGAUGGAUGUGAGAGAGAGAGCAGGAACAGCACUAAGUGGAUGGGACUAUUAGUGGCUAGUGUUCUGUAGGAGAGUGGGAAAAAAGAUCUCUGGAAAUUACGUUCUUAAGGGUUAAGCUAAAAUAGCAACCUUCCUUUUUGUAACAAAUGGACAAUACAUCUUGUGGGAUCAUCAGACAUCGGAUUGUAUUAGUGGUUCUAACAAAGGCCCUCUUCCUCUCGAAUUUGAAGAGGAUGUCAUUGGUUGUGUUAUAGUAGCAAUGAUGAGUACACCUGUACAACAACUGUAAAUGAGAGUUUCUUGACAUUUAGUGCUUUGCAAUUUUGCAAACUGAUUACGAUUCAGUCUUCCAAUUUUCGGACGUUCAAGCAUGUACUCGAGUCAUUUGACGAAUUGAUGAAAGUUCUUCUGGGAAGUGAUUCCUAAGUCACUCCCAUACCUUCAG